AACAACUCCCAAGAACUGGACAGCCAUGGGCCGCAAGGACUACUCCGACUCCGAGUCUCCGCCGCGCGACCGCAAGGAGAAGAAGGAGAAGAAGUCCAAGAAAGAGAAGCGCUACAGCGACUCGGAGUCUCCGCCGCGGCGCAAGAAGGAGAAGCGCUCCUCCCGCCGCGACGACUCGCGGUCGAGGUCGCGCGACCGCCGCCGCGACCGCUCGCGCGACCGCGAUCGCCGCGACGACUCGCGCGGCCGCGGCGGCUACGGCGGCGACCGUGGCGGGUACGGCGACCGCGGUGAAGUCUGCCGCGACUUCCUCCGCGGCAUGUGCCAGCGCCAAAACUGCCGCUUCCUGCACGAGGGAAGGGGCGGUGCAACCGGCGCGAGUGCAUGUUCCGCCACGACGACAGCGGCCAAAUCGAGGUGCCGUAGCAAACGUCGAAUAGCAGAGCGGCCGCGCGCGCGCGGCAGCGGCGGCGGCGGCAGCGGGGAAGCGGCGGCAGCGGGGAAGCGGGGAAGCGGCGGCAGCGGGGAAGCGGCGCGGCGGCAGCGGGGAAGCGGCAGCGGGGCAGCGGCGGCGGCAGCGGGGCAGCAGCGCCAGCGCGGCAGCGGGGUUUUGGGGGGACGCGGCGGCGGCGGCGGCGGCGGCGGCGGCGGCGGCACACAAUCCUCUUCUCCCCCCUCCCACC